GCGCAUAUUUUCGCGUGCCAGCGUAACCGCCCCGAUAAGCUUUGGAUCACGUUUCACUGCACUGCUACCACGGCUCCAUUUAGUCUCGUCGACCUCGGAGAGAGAGGCAGGGGUCGGGUGCUGCAGUGGCUGGCCUGGGAAGGAAGGAAGGAAGGACAGAAGGAGAAGUACGAGGACCUGACUGUUGCGCCGUGGGGAAACACGCUACAUUCCGCCGUUAAACCGUGUUUCUUCCACACACGGUGACCAGUGGGUGGUAGGUGGCCAUAGUGUCCUUUUCUUUGACCAGCUUGACCAACAGGACUUGGGGCCAGAGACGGCGCUGUUUUAUCUAUUUUUUGUACCGGCCUGCAGCUGAAAGAACUUGAAAUCGAAACCGAUUUUUCUCUGUAGAAAAUUAUUAAAUCAUAAAAAAUCGGCUGUGUUUCAAAAUAAUAUUCCACGACAGACAACAUUUGGACAUUGAAAUUCAGCGGUCAUUUUAAAACACACAAGCUGAAAACUCGAAUCAAAAUGUCGCAAGCAGGUGGGACGAUGGUCAUUCUGAUUCUGUGCCUUCUGACGGCUGAGAAUCACGCUCAAUCAGCAACCAAGAGAGAUCUGUGUCCUUUCCAGUUUCUUUGCGAUACUUCCAACCGCGGAGCUUACCUGUACUGUAAGGACGGGCAGACGACCAGGAGGCUGUUACCGGAAGGGACCACAUGUGUUCAGCAAGGGCAAGCCGUUAAGUUUGAGUUCGUCAUAGGUGAACCUGAUGAUACUCAGGGUGCGGACGGCUCCAUGUACAGCCCGCAGAUCAACCAGUAUCAGCAGCACAUGUACAUGUUGAUGCAGCAACAACAGCAGAGACAGCAGGAAAGACAGCAGCAACAGCUUCAGCGAGAACAAUUGUUACAGGAACAGAAACAGAAGCAAAGACAAAAGCAGGAACAACAGCAGCAGCAACGCCAGCAGGUGGUUGUCCAGCAGCAGCCAUCACCCAAGCUGCCAGUUCAGCAGUACGCGUCUGUGAGGCAAAACAAGGAUUACGCCAACUCACCGCCACAGGGCGGUGACAGAUACCUUGUGAUACGGCCGCCACCUAACCAACAACAGCUGCUGACUCCACAACAACAGCAGCAGCAAUUGCAGCAGCAACAAUGGAAACAGCAACAGGAACAGCAGCAGCAGUUGGAACAACAGGAGCAACAGCAGGAACAAUUGAAACAACGGCAAUUGCUGAAACAGCAACAGCGUCUGUAUAUGCAGCAGCAGUCUCAACAACAACAACAACAACAACAACAACAACAACAACAACAACAACAACAACAACAGCAACAAGAACAGCCGGAACAGACCCAACAAUAUCUCCAACAGGGGCCUCCGGCUGCGUACACCCGCAAUCAAGACGAACAUAAUCAACUACUUCUAUCACGCCUGGUUCAGGGCUUCCAGGAACAACUCAGAAAAGAGAAGGAAAAACAGCAGGAAAUGCUGGAACAGAUCAAACAGCACCAACAACAACAGCAACAGCAGCAACAGCGACAGCUUCAGCAGUUGGUAGAGCAGCAGCAACUGCAGCAAAAGCAACAACAGCAACAGCAACAGGAGCUACAACGGGAGCAGCAUUACAAUCAAAAACAUCAGCAAUACAACAGAGGCGGAUCUAAUGCUAUCCCAGCUUCGGGUACGGCUAGCCUGUACCAACCUUUCAUUCUAAACCAAGGUACCGAUCACUCUCCGGAGCAACCAGGCGAACCCGCCCCGUCUGUGCAGCAGGAAGUGACGUAUGAGCAGCACCCACGACAGGAAGUAAAGUACGUGCAGGUGCCCCAGGAAGUGACGUAUGUACAAUACGUACCACCACCAAUCUCGGCGCCGGAGCAAGUAGCCCCUGUUGAACCACGUCAAGAGCCAAAAUUACCUUACUCUGGAAACACCGUGAAGGACUUGCCCGCUAUGAGGACGCCAUUGGCAGGGUCAUUAGCAUCUAAAGAUCGUCUGCAACGUUCUUUGGCAUGCCCCGCCCCUUUCGCCUCAUUCUGUCACUCAACAAACCCCACGAUCUAUUACGCAUGCGUAUGGGGACGUCCGGUCCCGAACACGGUGCCAGAAGGCACCCACUGCGUCAUGCGAAACGGAGGGGUAGAAUUCGUGUACGCGUAUGACAGCAGUCCCAAGUUAAAAAAAUAUAAGAGUGUUUCAAAAAGGCCAGUUGCCGUAGAAGAACCACAAAAGCCAUCUGUUUUAUUGCCUAAUGUUGAGCCAAGCAGUACCUCUGACGAAACAUACCGACCUAUCAAAACGUAUCGUCCCAAGUUUGAGUGUGUUCCCGACUGCAAGCUACCGGAAUGCUUCUGUCCGUAUUCGGGUAUUCCCGGCAACAUACCGCCAGAGGAAGUCCCGCAGUUCGUCUACAUCUCGUUUGAUGAUUGGAUAAAUGACUACGCUGCUAUGAUGAAGUAUUACAGAUUGCUCUUCCAUCCGUCAAGAAAGAAUCCUAACGGUUGUUCUAUUGGAGCGACGUAUUUCCUUACACACAACGGCACAGUCUAUAACCAGGUAAAGGAACUUUACGAUGCCGGUCAUGAGAUAGCUAUUCACACUGUGUCCCACAUAAACAACCUGACCUACUGGUACCAUGGUUCCUAUGAUAAUUACGUCAAAGAGAUCGUGGGACAGAGAACAUUCACACACGAGGAGACGGGUAUCCCCAUCGGUGAGAUGAUCGGAUACCGCAGCCCCUUCCUUGCCAUUGGCGGCGACAACGAAUUCCAGGUGCUAAAAGACCACGGCUUUAAAUACGACGCCACCAUGGUCCCCUACCACCCCCAGGGUCUGAAGGACAACUCCGAGCCCCUGUGGCCGUUCACACUGGACCACGUCCCCGGGAGGAUGCUUUGCACCAUGAAGAACUGCCCGACUAAGCCCUUCCCUGGCGUUUGGGAAUUCCCAACCAAUAUCCACUUCCUGUUGGACGACAAGGGCAAACUGAAGACGCGGUGUACCAUGAUAGACACUGCCUGCUGGCCGCAAUCCAAGGAAGAAACGCUGGGGUACUUCAGGUAUAAUUUCAAGCGUUUUUACCACACGAACCGAGCACCAUUCCAAAUGAGUACGCACGCCACGUGGCUAGACUGGUGGAGUCACAGAUUUUACGCUCUCCAUCAAUACAUUGACGAACUUCUGUCCAACAAGAACGUGUACAUCGUCACCAUGAGUCAGAUCCUGGAGUGGGUGAAGAACCCAGUGCCCCUGUCCCGGAUGAAGGACCACCCUGCGUUCCAGUGUUAAAGAUGAUUUUUCUCGAGAUUGAAUAGGACAUUAUUCAUUGCACUGACAACGGGAGCCUUUUACUACUGCAGUUAAAGCGGUGCUUGGCUGUGGGCUCCAUUGUGCAAUAUUCAUGAAUAUUCUUGUCGAAAUGAUAUGAAAUAGAUCGGCGCAGUGUGCGAUUUAAAAAUUGGCACUGCUAGCAACCUAGAAUCGGUUUUACGGAGACUUUGUUACUUAAAGGCUUGUAGAUGCGGUGCUCGUCAAAUGCACGACACAAACAAUAACCGUUAGUUACCAAAGGCUUCGUCAAACCAGCCGGCUGUCUUUUCUGGUAAAGCUGGUAAUAGUCAAACAUGCAAUGCAACAAUAUUCCGUUGGGAGAGGUGGGAUUGGUUUGGGUGGGGGUGGGUGGCUUGUCAACAGCCCGAGGAGUUUAAAACAUGGCCGACAGUAAUCACGAUUUCAGUUUAUAAUGGGAUUUGACGGCGAAUGGCGUGACUGGUGUUGGUGGGGGAGGUUGAUAUUUGAAUCAUUAGAACUUCCUGACAGCUCUUGCCCGAGAUCUGCUCUGGUACCGAAUUAAACCACCGGACAAACAAGGUAAAUCGCAGGUGCUUUAUUUUCUGAGCAUGA